AAUCAGCCCUGGACAUAUGUCAAAUAGUAAACUGUCUUUGACAAUAUUAUUUUUCUUUUACUGGAAGCAAGAAAUCAAAUCAUUUCAUCAUGUCGAAUGAUAAUAAUCAAUGGAAACCUGCAGGCAGAUUUGAUAGAAAUAUUAUGAAUCUUAGUUUGGACGAGUACUCUGAUCGCUAUGUGACCCCACCGGCAGGCAGGGGCAAUGGGUUCAAGGCCCAAAAUAGACGUCACUACCAUCGUACACAUUAUUUUAGUCCUGGGUAUUUCAACAGGCGUCCAUCCCGUCAAUCUGCUCCAACACCAUCGACCUUAUCUCAGGAAAAUUGUGCUGAUGUAGACGUAGAACAGGAACCCAAGGUGGAUCAUUGCGCCCCAACUGCAGAAGAGCCACAAGAAUCGAUUGGAAAAUAAUUUCUACACUUGGACUAGAAUGGAUGCUUUUCAUAAUGUUGGCAUUUUAAUAAAUUUCUCUCAUAUUCAUAAAUCUCA